AUGACUGAACGAAUAAAACGGCUACGGAAAGAGCUACGAAAACUGAAGGAUGGGAUAUCGCCUCUUGAGAGAUCUGGACAUCAGCAUGCAGUUACGCGCAAUCUGUAUGCAGAACAUCGAGUAGAAAAAGAAAAAAACUUAAAGAAAGUGAAAAAUGUACAUCAUAAGUUUGGCCCACUUGGUGAGUUAGCCAACGUAGAUGAUGAUGAUAAUUUUGAGGGAGAGGAAUCAGCAGAGGAUAGUUUUGAGAGUGGAGGGGACGAUGUGGAUAAGGAGGAUGAGGCAGCCGAGUAUUCCUCGCCUGAGAGGAGGGAUAUACAUUUUGGAGGUAACUCAGUACUGAACCCCAUUGGUCGUACUGAUAAUCAGACUCCAGUUCACCCUACCCGGGGGGGAGGGGGAGGGGAGACCCUUGUUGGAUUAUCGGCCCUGAAUUCAGCUUACACUCCUGGUGGUUCCAGUGUUCGUCCUCGUUCCCGUUUUGGUGGCACAUCCAUUGGUGCCUCUAGUCGUCCUGAGGCAGCUGCAUCGUCAUCAGGUACUAGCAGACGGUCUAAGGUUUCUACCAAAGAAACUGAUGAUUGGGUUGUGACGGACGACGUACCUGGCGGGCCAUGUGAUGGGUCAGUGAUUCCUAGUUUUCUUGGCCACACUGAUUAUCAGUUGUGGAAUGGAGAACCAAGAGAUUACCUGACGAUGAACCCAGCGAAGAAGAGUUUGUCUAGAUUGCAUGGAUGGUAUGCGAGGUUGUCGGAGAAUGCACAGUUGCAGAUUCAGAAUACCGGGUCUCCCCGCUGUUCAGGUUUAAGCUUGGGUGUGGAUCUUGUUAGCCUCGACACUCUUCCUUGA